CCGGUAGCGAGGGACCAACUUGAGGAUGACAGAACAGAAGCAAGAGACAAAGAAGGGCAAGGCUGCAAAGGAAGAACGAAAAGAAGCGUCUAAGAUCGUUCAUCGUCUGCAAGAAUCCGGGGACUUUCAACGACUCCAAGAACAGUUGCUCUGCAAAAUUCUCUACGAUCAUCCCGAAUGGUGGGAUAAAAUGCGCCAACAGGUCCGAGAAUCUGUCCAAUCUAAAGAAGCUGGGGUCCUGGAUAUCACCCUCGAUGAAUUAUCCCAUGACUUGGUCAAGGCAGGCAAAGAUGCAGUUCCCGAAGAGAUUCGUGAAGCCAUGAUGGCACAAAUUCAAGAAGCUGUAGCUAGCCAGAGCCACAGGUAGCCACCGGUUAGCGUAAUACAUGUACAUGCAUACUGGCUAGCUAGAUAGUUGAGCCGGGGUAUCCUCAGAGGGGCAAAGGAAUUGGAUACCGUACCCUAACAAUCCACAUCAUACCGGGAAUUCAAUUACUCAACUCGUCCUCGUUGCCUUUGAUUUAUUUAGUUGGAUGAACGGCAAAUCAGCCAUGCAUACUUAUGCCGAGGGAGAAAAUUGAAUCCGCCACGGCGCAGCUCGAUGGGCAAGGCUAACCGCAUAUGUAGACGGCAACUUUGUCAAAAUAGCACUACAGUUGUUACCAAACUAUGGCUAUU